CCUUAUAAAAGAGAGCUGGUGUGAUCUCCUCCGACCAGGGGCAGGCCGGACAGGCAGCAGCGGCGCACGCUGCGCGUGGACCGUGGUGGGGACGGGAGCAGCCCCUCCUCCCACCUCAUCGAUUUAAAGGGCCAGCCCCAUUCGCGCAGUGGCGAGAGCGUUCUUCGGCUUUUAGGUUCGGCGGUUUCCGUGACCGUUCGGUUUAGGCCGGGGGGUUCCGGGACCGUUCGGCUUCCCCGGCCGUCGGGUUCGGCGGUUUCCGUGGCAUGGGCUCCGCUGUUGUCAGGGGUAACGCUAAGCAUCUCGGUGCGAGUGGAGGUCUGGAGGCCGCCACGCAGGCCUCAGCGUGUCUUUGCCCUCACGCACUGGGCCAUCUGCGCUGUUGCUAGCGGCGGAUCUGGACUCUACCUAGGACUGUGUAUGUCACUAUGGCUGUGUAUGUUGGUCACAGAAUAGAAGUCCCUGAUUCAGUUGGGUCCCCUUCCAACAUAACUUGGCACCCUCUUCAUCCACUUCUGGCUGUUGCUUCCAUUAGCCCAACAUCUGGAGGCAGUGUGGAUAUCUAUUUGGAACAGGGAGAGCAUGUGCCUGAUUCACACACUGAAAGGAGUUUUCAGGCCACAUCCCUUAGCUGGCACCCAUCCCGACUGAUCCUGGCAGUGGGCUGGGAGACAGGGGAAGUGGUGGUGCUUAACAAACAGGACAAAGAGCACCACACAAUACCCCCCAACCAUAAUGCAGAAAUUACUGUCCUAAACUGGAGUACUAAUGGUACCCGUCUUGUGUCUGGUGAUAGGCUUGGAGUCCUGGUUCUAUGGAGACUGGACCAGCGGGGUCGAGUGCAGGGCCCCCCUUUAUUGAAACAUGAGUAUGGAAAAUAUCUUUCUCACUGUAUCUUUCGGCCUCCAUCUCCUGGCGAGGACCUGGUACAGCUAGCCAAAGCAGCGGUGAGUGGUGAUGAGAAGGCCCUGGAUAUGUUUAACUGGAGAAAAGCUGGAAUCGGACUGCCUCUGAAAGUGGGACCCCAGGAGGGGUUGUCCUUCUUCAUCAGUGUGACUGAUGGGUCUGUGCAUUACGUGAAUGAAAAAGGAAAGACAAGCCAUGCAUUGAGCACAGACAGUUCAAUCCGAAAGCUCCUGAUCAUGGAGAAGAGGGAUGUUUUGGUGGUAAUAACAGAGAACCUCCUGUUGUCCAUGUACACAAUCACUCUUGAGGGAGAAGCAGAGGAAAUUAUGAAGGUGAAGUUGAGUGGAAAGAUAGGUCAUUCUGCAGACAUUAUUUUAAUCGACCGUAGCCUCCUUGUUACAGCAAUAGGUGAAACAGUCCUCAGGUUCUGGGAUUUAGAGCGGAAUGAGAAUUAUGUGCUCUUUCCAGAUGUACAGCUUGGCUUUGAAGCAGGGGAAUGUGUAAACUCUGUCUCUUACUGCACUGUUAAAGGUCUUCUAGCAGCUGGUACCAAUAAAGGGAGAAUAGCUAUGUGGAGGAAAGCAUCCGUGUCCAAUCAGAGCGCACGGGCAUUGGAGGGCAAGGACAGAUGGAAGCUUCAGACCCCUACAGAACUGGAGGGGAAUAUCACUCAGAUAAAGUGGGGCUCCAGGAAAAACCUACUGGCAGUGAACAACAUGAACUCCGUGGUGAUCCUCAGCGAGCAGGCUAUGUCAUCUCAUUUCCACCAGCAGGUGGCAGUAGUGCAAGUGUCCCCAAAUCUGCUUAAUGUGACCUUCUUCAGUACAGGAGCCACGCACAGCCUCCGCGUUGAUAUGCACAUUACUGGAGUAUUUGCCACUAAGGAUGCUAUAGUAUUCUGGAAUGGGAAGCAAGUCACUGUCUUUGAAUGCUCAGGAGCCACGUUACGAAAUGCAGGCUCUUUUCUCUGUGAUUCUCCAGUGCUUGCCAUGCAUGAAGAAAGCAUUUACACAGUUGAGCCAAAUCGGGUUCAGGUCCGCACCUGGCAGGGUACUGUCAAACAGCUGCUGGUGUUCUCUGAAGCAGAGGGGAAUCCCUGCCUGUUGGAUGUCUGUGGGAAUUUCCUGGCUGUGGGAACGGACUUGGCUCACUUUAAAAUCUUUAAUCUCUCUCGCAGAGAGGCAAAAGUGCACUGCAGUAGUAAGAACUUGACUGAGCUCUUUCCUGGCCUGGGAGGCAUUGCAUCGGUUAAGUGCAAUGCUAAUGGCAACAAAGUCAGCAUCCUCGUCAACAAGGCUGAUGAGAAUCUUGACUCUAAGAUCUGUUUCUAUGAUAUUGAAAUGGACACAGUCACACUCUUUGAUUUCAAGGCUGGACGAGGGGAUGGUGGAGCCGUGCCCUCCUACUCUGGACAAGAACCUGAAAAGAGUGUUACUGAGCAUCCAGAACUGCAAGAUCGCAUCCCUGUUAGCCACUUUUGGGACCAUGGUGAACCAAGACUUUUUGUAUGUGAAGCAGUCCUUGAACCAAGCCUGCAGUUUCCAGACAAGCAGCAGCGGCAGACAGAGAGCUCAGAAAGCACACCGGAUGUUUUAAUUAUAUCAUUCUUCAGUACUGAAGAGCAUGGCCUUUUGCUUCAGGACAGCUUCCCGUUGCCUUCAACCUACCAGGCUCUUCUGGGUAUCGAGGUGCCACAUUAUUACUUUGCAAAAAAGUUGUUGUUUCGGAGAGGAUGUGUCUAUAAGCCUGUUCCAGGAGAAGCCGAGAAAGAAGCACAAGUGGAAUCUGGCCCAGUACAACUCUCACAAAUGGUUGCCAAAAGGCCCAUGAGAGAUUUCAUUGGUCUGGAAGAGUGUGACAAAACUACCCGUGAAGCUAUGCUGAACUUCAGCUUCUAUCUAACAAUUGGGGACAUGGAUGAGGCCUUCAAAUCCAUCAAACUCAUCAAAAGUGAGGCAGUCUGGGAGAAUAUGGCUCGCAUGUGUGUGAAGACGCAGAGGCUGGAUGUUGCCAAAGUUUGCCUUGGAAACAUGGGUCAUGCCAGAGGAGCUAAGGCAUUAAGGGAGGCGGAACAAGAACCAGAGGUGGAAGCCAGAGUGGCCAUGUUGGCGAUUCAGCUGGGCAUGCUGGAAGAUGCAGAGCGGCUGUACAAGAAUUGCAAGCGCUACGACCUCCUGAACAUGUUCUAUCAGGCUUCUGACCAGUGGCAGAAAGCUAUGGAAAUAGCUGAGACUCAUGAUCGGGUUCACCUGCGCACCACAUACUACAACUAUGCCAAACACCUGGAGGCCACUGCAGAGUGCAAUCUUGCACUCAACUACUAUGAGAAAUCGGACACACAUAGGUUUGAGGUGCCCAGGAUGCUCUCUGAAGAUUUACAAGCCUUGGAGAUCUAUGUCAACAAGAUGAAAGAUAAGAGCUUGUGGAAAUGGUGGGCACAGUAUCUGGAGAGCCAGUCAGAUAUGGAAUCCGCACUAAGAUACUAUGAGUUAGCUCAGGAUUAUUUCUCCCUGGUCCGUGUUUACUGCUUUCAGGGCAACAUCCAGAAGGCUGCUGAAAUAGCGAAUGAAACAGGAAACUGGGCAGCAUCCUAUCACCUGGCCCGCCAGUACGAGAGCCAGGAUGAAAUCAAGCAGGCUGUGCACUUCUACACUAGGGCCCAGGCAUUUAACAAUGCCAUCCGCUUGUGUAAGGAGAACAAUCUAGAUGACCAGCUGAUGAAUCUGGCUCUGCUGAGUUCCCCAGAAGACAUGAUAGAGGCAGCCUGCUAUUAUGAAGAGAAGGGGGAACAAAUGGACAGAGCAGUCACGUUGUACCACAAGGCAGGACACUUUUCCAAAGCACUAGAGCUGGCUUUUGCCACACAGCAGUUUGGUGCCCUGCAGCUGAUUGCUGAGGACCUGGAUGAGAAGUCAGACCCAGCCCUGCUGGCACGCUGCUCUGACUUCUUCAUUGAACACGCCCAGCACGAGAAGGCCGUGGAGUUGCUGCUAGCAGCCAAAAAGUACCAUGAAGCCCUGCAGCUUUGCUUGAAUCAGAACCUGACCAUCACAGAGGAGAUGGCCGAGAAGAUGACUGUCUCUAAGGACUCAAAGGAGCUCUCUGAAGAGUCUAGGAAAGAACUGCUGGAACAGGUUGCCGAUUGCUGCAUGCGGCAAGGCAAUUACCACAUGGCAACCAAGAAAUACACUCAAGCAGGAAACAAGCUGAAGGCAAUGAGAGCACUGCUGAAGUCUGGCGACACGGAGAAAAUAGUGUUUUUUGCUGGAGUGUCCAGACAGAGGGAGAUUUAUAUCAUGGCAGCCAACUACCUACAGUCACUGGAUUGGCGAAGGGACCCAGAGAUUAUGAAGAACAUCAUUAGCUUCUAUACCAAGGGAAAGGCCCUUGACCUCUUAGCUGGCUUUUAUGAUGCCUGUGCUCAGGUGGAGAUCGACGAAUAUCAGAACUAUGAGAAAGCACAGGGAGCACUGACUGAGGCAUUCAAGUGCCUGUCAAAGGCAAAGACAAGAAGUCCUUUAGAGCAGGAGAGCAAACUGGCACUUUUUCAAAGCAAGAUGGCUUUGGUCAAGCGAUUCAUCCAGGCUCGAAGAGUUUACUCUGAGGACCCAAAAGAGGCAAUCAGGCAGUGUGAGCUUCUCCUAGACGAGCCAGACCUUGACAGUACCAUCCGCCUAGGCGAUGUCUUGGGCUUUCUGGUUGAACAUUACUUACAGGUGGAGGAAUUCCAGAUGGCCUAUAGAUACUUGGAGGAGAUGCGGAAAAGAAUUCCAUGUGUAAACCUGACCUACUAUGUGAAUGAACGGACCAUUGAGGCAGUUCACAGAGGGCUGGGCAUCCCCUGGAACCGGAACCCUGUCCCAGAACGAAUUCGCCACAACAGCAUGGAAGACAACAAGGAGGUGGAAGAGGAUGUAGCUGAUGAAGUCGAGGAUCCUUGAUGGCUUACUAUGUAAACUGGCAACAGUCACAUACUGCUGUGAGGAAGCCUGGCAAUUGCUACAGGCCCCAGCUACCUUGUCUAGGCUUAUUAAGGGCAGAAAGUCAAAUUCUUCAGUAAUGCACAGCCUGAUGCUGUAGUCUGCUUGGGUCAUACUAAGAAGAUUCAUUUGUUAUGUAUAAGCAAAACUAUUAAAGCUCAAGCACCAAGGCAGGGCAGAGGGACAGGUUGGGCCUCAGACAGCUCCUUUUUUUAAAUCUUACUUUUUUAAUGUUCAAAUUUAGAGAGACUUUUAAUACUUCAAUAAAUUUUUAAGGAAAAAAAUGAAUGUCCAAUCCUAAUUAAGGCAUCAGCUAAUCCUACUCCCAGAGUGGAGGAGCAGCAGAAAAGUGAGUGCUGAAUCGAGCAUGUCUAGCUCUGUCUAUGCAUACAGAAAGCAGUUUAGUUAAGAUACACUUCGCAAUGAUAUGACAAGGCCUCAAAUAGUAGAUAGCUCUGGUCUGUUAAAGGACCAACCACUAGGACAACACGGUGAGCUGUUCCCUGAGAGUCAAAACUCAAGGAAGCAAGGCUUUUUUUUUUUUUUUUUUUUUUUUUUUAAAUACCAUUUUAGGAGAGUAUGGGUCCAGCAGUGCCAGAGUCAUGCAAAGCCUUAUCAAAAUUCAAAUCAGUACCUUCUGCAGAAGUAGGAGACUUCUUCCCUGUUAACUAGUCCCUCUAGAUCUUGCAUUUAAUUUAGCAAAGGAUCACUUGGAGUAUAGCUUGCAGUUAUGGAAGAAGAAAUUCUACCUCCUCCACUCCUGCGUAGGUUGGAGUUUGAGUAAUUUAUCGUGCACAGUUUUCUUAAGAUGUAGCCUGUUUCCCAAACCAAACCCUGGAUUUAAAGUGGAUAAAGUUCAAAAUUCUGUGCUUGAUUUUGGGGUUGGAGGGAUAGCUCAGUGGUUUGAGCAUUGGCCUGCUAAACGCAGGGUUGUGAGCUCAAUCCUUGAAGGGGCCACUUAGUGAUCUGGGGCUAGUGGUCCUGCUAGUGAAGGCAGGGGCUGGACUCGAUGACCUUUCAAGGUCCCUUCCAGUUCUAGGAGAGAGGAUGUCCCAAUUAAUUAAUGGAGAAAAUAUUCCUAGUGAAACAUCAGAACCAUUCUCACUGGACUUGGCAGACAAGCCUCAUGACUGAAUAUCUAGGUUAAGCUCGGAGGCAGGAUCAGACCUGUCAAUC